AGCUAGCCGCAUUCUCUUACCAGUCACCAUAUUCUCCUUCUUCCCACUUCCUUGGUAGUUGGUACUCAUUUCACACUUUUAAUUUCCUCCAUAGAACAUACAUAGAAAAAUAACCACUUUUCUUUGUUCUUUGUUUCUUCCUAACUUGUUUUCACAUGGACAAUGAAGUUGAAGUUCCUCAGUAUUUCAUCUGCCCCAUAUCGCUGCAAAUCAUGAAAGACCCUGUAACUGCCAUAACUGGAAUCACAUACGACCGAGACAGCAUCGAGCAGUGGCUAAUCUCCAACAAGAACCACCACCACGCGACGUGCCCCGUCACAAAGCAGCCUCUCCCAAGAGACUUUGAUUUAACGCCGAAUCACACGCUCCGCCGCUUGAUCCAAGGUUGGUGCACCCUAAACGCCGCCCUCGGCAUUGAUCGGAUUCCAACCCCGAAGUCACCGCUUAAUAAGACCCAAGUCCUCAAGCUUCUCAAAGACCUCAAGGAUGAACGGGAACCCAGAGACCCAAAUCUUCAACACAAAACUCUCAUGCAACUGGAGCUCCUCGCAGCACAGAGCGAGAGGAACAGAAAGUGUUUAGUAGAAUCUGGUGUGCCAAAGGCUGUGCUCAUGUUCAUAGUGUCUUGUUUCAGAAAAGGCCAAAUCAAAGAGGGUCUUGAAGAAGCUCUGAGUUUAUUGCAGUUUGUUAAGGUCCCCACAGAGGAGGCUAUGCUGAUUUUAUCAGAAGAUGAUCAUCAAAUAUUGGAUUCUCUAACAUGGGUUUUAGCUUUACCUUCUGAUCAAAUAAGAAACUCAAUUGCAGUGAAAUCACAUGCAGUUUUAGCUCUCAAAAAACUAGUCCACAAGGGUGGUCCUGGUGUUCUUGAAAGGUUAAACUUAGAAUUCUUUGAAAGGAUUGUGAAGAUUUUGCGAAAUGGCGCUAUAACUCAACAAGGAACCCGUGCUUCUCUUCAAGUCAUGUUAAGCGCUUGUCCUUGGGGAAGAAACAGGUUCAUGAUGGUGGAAGCCGGUGCAGUUUUCAAUCUCAUAGAGAUCGAAUUAACUGCACCGGAAAAGAAAAUUACAGAGCUUGUAGUAACUAUACUUUUUCAUUUGUGCACUUGUGCGGAUGGGAGGGCUCAGUUUCUGAGCCACGAAGGGUCUAUUGCGGUGGUGACAGAGAGAUUGUUGAAGGUUUCCGCUGCGGUGGAUGAUAAAGUUAUGUUUGUUUUGGCGUUAGUGUCGCAAUUCUCCGCGACGAACGGGGUGUUGCAGGAGAUGUUAAGGGUUGGGACAGUGUCCAAGCUUUUCAUGUUGCUUCAGCGUGAUCAUGCUAAGUAUUUGAAAGAUAAAGCGAUGGAGAUAAUCAGGGCCCACUCGAAGGUUUGGAAGAAUUCUCCUUGCUUUCCUGAUCCCUCUUCUUAUGCAAGCUUGAAUGUAUAGAUCAAAUGCAAUGUGUAAUGGUCAUAAUUAACUUGGUUCUUAUUGAAGUUGAUGCUCAUGUGAACAGAGGGAGAAAAAUAGAUCUCAGAAAUUACAAAGUAUUUUCUGAAUAUUGAAUGUGAAAAAUUAACUAAUACAAUAUGUGUAUUAUCUA